CCCAAUGAUAACGCGAAAUUGAUAGAGGGAGUGAAUUUGCAAAUUAUUUAAAAAUCCCUAAGUUUUUGAAAGACGUUUGCUCUAAGAUCGAGACAAAAAUGUGAAUUUUUUAUAUUGAUUUAUCGUGGAAAAAUGAUGGAAUACCUCUUGAACACUAGCAUACAAUAUACAUAGUAAAAUCGAUAUUCAUAUUAUUCAUACGCUAACGUUUAUUUUGUUCACCUCUACGUGUAAUUUUCUCUGUUUUCGUUUUAUUUUUUACUUCUAGUUUCAUUUUUUAAUCGAAAUUGGAAAUAGUAACCAUAGUUCGUCCUCCUAUUUUAUUUGCGUUUUCAGCUGACACUAACAAAUUCCUCCACAAAAUUCUAUUUCACGAGUACGAAAUAAUUGAUUAGAUUCAUCGAAAAAUUAUAUACACCUAAGGUAUGAAUAGCUGCUUUUCAAAUCGAUACGUUCAACUUGCUGUUUAUCACAUAAUGCAUACAGAUAACGAGAUAGGAGCUCAAGAAUAGAAUACCUACGACUAACGACAAAACAUUACAUGCCUAACCUUUUAAAUUCUUCGCUCUAUUUUGAUUCACUAAAUUUAUCAUAAUAAUAACAAAAAGAAAAUUUGCAUAGGAAAAUCAUCCGAUACAUAUCGAAGUAAACUACAGAGAACGAUAUCGAUCCAAACAUCGCCGUUACUCGUGUCGCCAUGAUAAUUAUUCGAUCCAUUGUUGAGUUUAUAUACCGCUCCUCGUUCCAAGUAAAAUCUAAUCUCGAGUUGGUGUAAAUAUUUUGGCACAGCACGCGUGGCAGUAAAUAAGUAACACGAACCGCGACAAGGGCACAUACAUCGAUAUCCUCGAGCAACAACACCUCUCCAUCUGCUGUUCACUCUCAUGAUUAGUAUUUUCUUCCGAUCGUCCUCCCCGAGGAGCGAGCCGUUUCGUAGAGGUCAAUUCCCUGAAGGCCGUCCUUCCGGGACUGGCAGACGCGUGAGAAGAAGGUUGUAUGUAUCUGCCAGAUAACAGCGUCCCCCUGCACGAGCCUCGAGCAGGGAAGACGAAGCAUAGCCGUGGCGACACCCAGGAAGACUGCGUCUGCCCUUGGCUUUCACAGAUCCGGAAUAGAUAAGGCAUGAACUUUCUCGUCUCGUGCAACAUUAAAGCCUAUCCACACGAACCUGGCUUGUUUAGGUAAAGUUGAAGCGCGUAAAAUGCCAACAGCCAUAAUCUCCGUAAACCAGAAAAACGGUUUGUACAGGUCGGCGCCUCUGGUUCAAAUAAAAUUACAAAGUUUAUUUUGCAAGCGUGUAAAUUAUUAUUUUGAAAGUAAGGUAAAUAACAAAUUUUAAUAUCGAAAUUAGUAAGGGCAACGAUUAACCCCGUUUCUUCCUGAUUAAUUCUUCCCUGUUGCAGUGUUUACCGCAACUGUGAUAGGCUUCAGAGAUUCACGGGGAAGUUACGCCAAAUAACAAGCUGCGAUGCUUGAACGUUGUAUCUAGUGUCUUGUUUAUGUAUUCCUGUAUGGUGUAAAUAUUUGCUUCUUCAUGUAGUUUGACUUAAUCUCCAAGUUCAUUUUCUAUGAUUUUAAGAAAUUUGUUCCACAUUCUCUAUACCUUAAGCUCUUAGUACACCAGAUAUAAAAGUCACAUGUGAAAAUGAGUUUGACAAAUUUCAUAUAAUUGAAUUUUAAGAUUCUUUGCCAGUUUGCUAUUGAGACUUAUUGGUAGAAAUAUGAUUCUGAAUACUCUGUAUGUUUUUUAUUCUAUUUUAUUCCUGUAUUUUAUAUUGAUCUUUGAAGAAGAUAUGCAAAAGAUGGUUUCUUUUUUCCACAUUUAAUUGUAACUUAUAGUUGCUGAUACAUUUCUGUAUUUCUCUAAAGUAGUCAUAUGCGAGUUUAAUAGCCUGAUCUGAUUUUCAUGGAGAAGUAUUGCCACGUAUGCAUCCAAUUCAAGCCUCAUUAUUUAUACUUUUAAAAGAUAUUGAAUAAUAUUGGAUCUAAGAUUAAUCCUUGAGUUACUUCUAAUUGCAUAUAAACUAGGGUUGAGGAGGUAACCUGAAUAUGAUAUAUAUUUGUACGAUAAUCAUAAAUAAUUGUAAUAAUAUAUAAAGUGGUAUCUGGUUGGUAUAGUUUCAAAAUAAACCUUAAUGCUCCACUGUACUAACAUGUAUAUAAUGCGACCAUACUAACUUGAUUCUUGCUUUAUUUAUUUCAAAUGCUAUGCGUACUUCAGUAUUUGUAGUUUGUAGCAUUGUGGAAUGUUAUGGCUUAAAUCCAAACUGUUUGUUAGAAAUUUGUCACGUUUGUUAAGAUGUUAUGCUAGCUGAACUAGUAUAAUUUUUUAAUUAAAGUAUUAUAUACUUCUCAGUAUACACUGUACCUAAAUUUUAUUGAACAUUUGGAAAUCACUCAUAAAAACAAAGAAUAACUAAAAAUACGUUUAAGAAAUGUACAAGUAGUUAAUAUUUUAUAGUGAACGAAUAAAAAUGUAACUGUCCAGUCAAAUAAACGUCACGAAUAAAUUGCUUGUGUAGCAAUCGCCCGAUGUACACGUAAAAUCAAUAUCUUUGAAAUAUCUUAUAAAUCGAAAAUAAAAACAAUUAUUUCGAAUAUAAUUUUACUAAUGACACUAACCCUACUUCUCCUCGCGAAACAAUUUACGCAAUAAAAGUAAUCGAUGUCUCAGAAUUUGACGAACUGUUCUUGAAGUUUGAAAGAGACCAAAGGAAUCCAUAUAAGACUACAGAUAGAGACAUAAGCGAUCUCAAACAUAUACCUCUUAUAAUAAUUAACCUUUAUUUACCACUUGUCGAUAUAAUUUAUGAUUUUAGAUCGCAUAUAAUUCAUGGAAAACCGCUCAUCCUUUACCGCGUCUUUAACCGUUCAAUUCUGCAUGGCGCCAAAAGGAAGAUCUCGAUCGGUUGGCAGCGUAACAAACGGACGAUACUAAAAAUUGACUGAACAAAAACAUACAUAGUACAAAUUUUCCUUUUCAGAAAUUCGUUAUAUUGAAAAGUUAUGUAGGGAGUUAGGAACAACAAGAAUAUCGUGUAAAGCAACGUAAAGUGUAAAGUGGAGGUUAGAUGUCCGUUGGUGUUCGUUACUCUUGUUCUCGAAAGCUCGCGUACUGGUCGCGUACGCGUGAACGGGCCUUUAGGUUCGUCUCAGCGCCGAGUUCCCUUCCCCUGUCGUCCCGGCAGAUCCCCCACCCCGCUGGUCCGGCGUCCAUCCCUUCAGUGGCUCGGCAGCGCGCGUUCGAUACACGGAAUCGCCUCGUGGUUCUCGGAAGGCAGUAGACUGUCGUCAGCCACGCCAGACGGCGCACUGCUCGCACACUCACUGCUCUUUCGGAGAUACAUCGCCCACUGGCUCACCCACGGCUGGCUGUUACCUCGGCUGUCGGUCGACCUCUCUCUCCUCCGGCUGCUGGCAGCAGCACACUCAGGCUUAGCGGGCCGCCAGUUACGCAACAAUAACAACGCUGUCAGGAGGUGUAGCAUGCGCGUGUUGUGCCACCUAUACGCCGACGAACGACCCUGGAACGACGAGCUACCGAUUCGUCGUCGCCGCCGCCGCCGCUUCUGCUCUUAUUGCUACUGCGAUCACUUGUUGAAAACCCGGUAGGAGAGCGCACACAUCCGUUUCGCAACACGGCCACGCUACGCGACGCGACACGAUCUUCGUUUUGGUGGGAACAGACUGUGCUAGCGCGGUGUUAGCAGUGGUGGUAAUUCGAGGAGGAGCAUGGAAAGUGCGUGCAGUGCCGUCGAACGGGAAUUAUGUUGCAGGAAGAGUGAUGAGUAGUAACGGAGUAAACGUGGUGGGAAGCCGAUUUGAGUCCGUGCGCGGUGCGAGUGGCGCGGAUCGAACGCUCGAUACGCGACACGCGUUCAGAGAUCCGAACUUAUGGAGGAUCGAGUCGAUUCCCUGCCGACCGAGUCGACGAUGAAUGAGCGAGAAAUUGUAACGCUACAGUGUGACACAGCUGUCUGCUCGGGGUGCCGUCUCUGUUGGCUUUAGACCCGACGAUCCACCGGACCGACGGAACUGAUUUCAGUGUAACUCUAUAUCGCUUUCGGGAGAGGAAAGUUUUCUACGCAGAGAAAAGAAAAAGUGUGGAAUACUUGUUGAAGGCGAGAUCACCGAAGUCUAAUCUCGUCGUGGUACGGAAUCCACGUGACGGAAGAUAUCGAGAAGGAAGAUCGAAGAAAGAUCGAUCGUUGAAAACAGCCACGAGGUGUACGUCCGACAGAAGUACGCGAACAAGUGUGGUACGCGAAAUACGUCGCGAUUAGGCGCCAAUGACGUCAGGCAAGAGUCGCGAAGACGUGUAAGUCGACAAGGGGAAUUCGUUGGUGGAGUUUGGCGGUGCGUUUACCGAUACGGGUGUCAGUCUGUGUGUUGGUGGUGUAUUACUGCUGGCAGUAGUGAUCGUAGUAGUAACGACACCAGUAUCUGUCGUCGGUAUUGGUGGUGGUAAUGGUCGUGUAGUGGGCUUGGUAUCGGUGUUGCCGAACAGUAGUGGGGCUAAAAAGGAGACCCCGUGGUGGAAUUGCUGCGUGGUCCGUCGUUGGUAGCCAAUUAUAUUUUCUACGUGUGUGCUUCGCGGGCAAUGACUAACUGCUCGGCCGUGUUAAAAUGUGUUAGUAGGAGAUAUCGUCGACGGACCCGUUUCUGCGUUGGUGUUGCCCCGUCUACGUCAGCACCGGUCGGACGGGAUUUGCAUAGCAAACAGAUUGACGCGCUGGUAAGUGGAUAACGAGAGAGGAGUCGCGACUCUGUGUCCCAACCGCGUACCCAAAGAGAAAAAGAUAGUGCGUGUAUGCGUCUGCUCGUGUUGCUCUGCAAGAAAAGAAGAAAGAGCGAGGAGGAGAAGCCAAGAGACGCAGACGACGGGGCAAGUGUUGGAGCUUAAAAUAGAAGAGUGACUUCGGCUUAAGUACGCGCCAGGGGGACGGGCAAAUAAAGAGUAACCGGAGAGGGUGUCUCCUCUGAUUUUCUUCCAACAAAAUGAUUAUUGUGCUUCUUCUGUGAUACGUUUCUAUAUCCGGGAGUAUUCGUGCUCGUGAUCGUCUAGCGAGAAAGCAGCCAACGUUAUAUACAUGUAGGAUAUAUAUAUACACAGAGAGAGAGAGAGAGAGAGAGAGAGAGAGAGAGAGAGCGAGAGAUAGAGUGAAAACGAAUCUCGGACAAACGAGGAUCGGUUAUCGUAUCGGGAAAAUCGGUAGUAAGUGUUCUGUGAUAACAACGUGGGUGCACGACGGAGGUAAACCAACCGUGAUUCCCCACCUCCGUCACUCUGACAUCUUUUGAUCUCCGCGGAGACGGGGGAUUAUUGUAAGAGAGAAGCUUCUGCAUCACGGUCUCUCCUACGAUGGAUCGUGACUCGCGUUCGUAUUCCUGCGGAGGCUGCGAGAGGACCGAGGGUCGAGCUACGCCGAUGGAGUAACAAGUGAGCGGCGAAGCGGCGUUGCCAUGACGACAGAGACUCACACUGUGGCGAUGACAGAUCCACAGUUAUCGAACAAUAACAAUAACAACAACAACAACAACAACAAUAACGAUGGCGAGCCAAAGUACCUGCACAAAAAGUUCAAGAAGAUGGCGACGACGGAGGUCGCGCCUAAGCUGGAGCCAAAGAAGGAAUCCCCUGGCAACAACAGUUCUCCAGAGACACCGAAGAAAAAGGAUACGGCCAAGGACUCCAGAGAGUCGAUCAAGGAUCCGAUCAAGGUCGAGGCCUCUCCGGAACCGGGGGACGGGGAACCGACAGAGUCUAGGAAAAGCGGCUACGUGUGUCCUUAUUGCAGGCUCUCCUGCGCAAAGCCAAGUGUCCUGCAGAAACACAUCCGUGCCCACACGAACGAAAGGCCGUAUCCUUGCGUGCCUUGCGGUUUCGCGUUUAAGACCAAGUCGAAUCUCUACAAGCACUGCAGGUCUCGUGCUCACGCGCUGAAGAUGGAAGGAGGUGAUGCCAGCAAGGUAUCAGAAGACUCGGACAUAAGCUUAUCGGACAGCGCGAGCAACGGUACCGGGACACCGCCGCCUCCGCCGUCGUCGACGCCUACGUCCACCAUGUCUAGCAUGAAAACGAUCAGGACGGGGAAAAUUUACAAGCCAAAAUUCCACACGGCGCUCCAGUGCGUCAGCCACGACACCGAAACGUCUUCCCUUUCAUCCGUUUCUUCCAAUAACAGUUCUUCCCCGACGACAACCGCCGCCGGCGCCGGUUCGAAGCCGAAUCCAGAGCAAGUACAAGAGCACAUCGACAAGAUCAUCACCGACAAUCAAGCGAUCGUGGACGCGGUGGAUCCGCGGCUACACAAGCUGAUGCAAAGGCAGCAAAGUCUCGUCGAAACGAAGCAGUGCGAUCAGCCGUUGAAUCUCUCUUCCGUCGAGGAAUCCGCCUCGAGGAAACGCUGCUACAGCGAGAGCUUCGUUCGAGAAAGCAAAGAUUGCCAGAACAGUUCCGAGAGCUCGUUGAUCAAGGACCUCCUCCUGAGCAAUCCAAAUCCGUGUCAAGAUGGACCAGCGGAUAACGAAAAUUACCUUUGUCCGUCUUGCAAUAUCCCUUACUCGAGCAUCGACAAUCUCGACGCUCAUCGAAGGUACUACUGCAAGGGCAGCGUGAGCCCCCGCAUGGAGUGCAAGCUGGAAAUAGAGAAAAGAGAGCCCGACUUGGAAUCAAAGUCUUCCGAUUAUUACAAUACGCUGCAACCUCUGCCUUCCCCAGGGCCGCUCUUAGGCAACACGAGACUCGUCGACGCGUACGCACCACCAGCGAAGAAGCAACGCUCGGAAUCCGUGCCUACCACGCUGCGAUCCCUCGAGGAGCUCAGCAAGUAUCCGCGACCCAACUCGUUGCAGAUGUUCGGCGGUGAGGUGAGGAUCCUGGACAAUACAGGCGAAACGAAAACGAUGAGGAUCGAGCCGCGACAAACCAACUCCCCUACCAGCGAGCAUACGGUGAGCAGCAAAUGCGUGACGUCGGAGACCGCGUCGAUCGUGGUCAGGUCGGGUCUUCACUCGGGAGGCACGAUGAUGCACAAACCGUCAGGCACGCCAGCCAGCACGCCGAACACCUCCAUAUCUUUGCCCAACACGCCACAGAUGUUGGCGCCGAUCAUGCCGAACAUAUCAACUCCGAACAUAGCCCCGAGCAUGUCGUGCUACAAUUACCUCGAGCCCCACCUGAACCCACUGACCAGCAUCACUGCCUACAAUCCGCUGACACUGCCCCAGGCGGGCAUCACCAGUAUCCUUCACGGCGGCAAAGUCAUACCAUACGUUCCUGGCAUGCCUGGACCCCACACCCUCACCCCGGCCAUAGACAUAUCUUCGAGUAUAGCGACAGGCAACGCCGGAUACAAAGUGAUACCAGGCUUGCCCGGCCUCCACAUGGUCCCACAGCCGUUGGACCUCGCCAGUCCGGUGAAGAUACAAACACCGAUCGUACCUGGUAUCCCGGGACCGAUGUCCACCGGACACGCGAUGGGCCAACCGCUGGAUCUCGCCAGCCCGGCGAAGGACUCGAAGCUUGGCUUCAAGACACCCGCUAGCGAAGCCUCGAAGCCCGAGUUCACGAGCCCGAAAGUUCCUAGCAUUAAGAUUGAACCCUCUACGGACAAGUACCGCAGGGUACCGUCCACCGGCGAUAUCGUCAAGGUGGAGCUCGACCGUCAUAUCAAGAAUAGCGUGGCUAUCAAGUACAAGGGAAUGGAGAGUCCUAGGGAGAGGCGAGAAUUCUCGUACGACAGAAGUCCCAAGGUCGAGAAGACUUUCGGUUACGCAAACGGCGUUGAUUCUAACGUCUCCCUGGCGAAUUCCUACAGCAAGCUCAGAUAUUCGCCAAAGGAGUCCACCGAGAGCAGGAAGAGGGUGUCAACGUGGAACGUGAGCGAAUUGGAAGCCAGUAAGACGCCUGAUCCGUUAGGUCCCAAUACGUCGUCGAGCUCCAAGUACGAUUCACCUCCUCCUUUGGAGAACGGGCGUCUGAAAACGAGCUUCGUUGAGAGCAGAGGAAAGUCGAUGGACAACUGCGCUACUUUCAACGGGGCGAAAAUAAAGCCUGAACCCGCGACGUCGAUGGUGCUUGUUAAUCUGGACGCACCGAAGACAGAUGUGCCAAGCAAAGCUUCCGUAGAUGUAGUCGUUAAGAUAGACAAGCCGGAGGAGGCUAGGUCUCCGAAGAACGGCGACGCCACCAAAGAGGAGAUCAACUCGAGCAAAUUCCUGAGGCCCACUUCCUUGCCGUUGAAGCCUGGCACGUUCACGCCGAAGAAGCAUCACGGUAUCACCCCCACCGCGAACACGCUACCUCUGAUCAGCCCCGAGACUCCAAGGCCCAAGAAAUCGUACGGGCAGCUCUACUUAAACGGACACGCCUACACAUAUCUAGGACUCAAGUGCUCUACCAGGGUGUUUUACUGCACUCUGAACCGACCACAACCGAUGUACGUCACUCAACAACACGGCUUGUCCAUGUACUCCAACUGGAAGAUAUGCAAGGAAGCUCCACCCGACGUCGACAUGGCGCACUACGAUUCGAGGCAUAGACCUCUCAAUUAUACCACCGCCUCGAAGAAGCAGGAGGAUAUCUUAACGCAUUCCUCGCAAAGACCGACCACGCCGACCAACCUGGACAGCGGUUUGGAUGGCGACAUGCAGGAGAAAGCGAAGAGAGUGAAGAUCUUUGACGGUGGUUUCGAGAGCAACGAGGACUACACGUAUGUUAGGGGCAGAGGUCGAGGUCGAUACGUUUGCGAGGAAUGCGGCAUUCGCUGUAAAAAGCCAUCCAUGUUAAAGAAACAUAUCAGAACGCACACAGACGUAAGACCGUACACAUGCAAGCACUGUGCUUUUAGUUUCAAAACCAAAGGCAACCUUACAAAGCACAUGAAGUCCAAAGCUCAUUACAAGAAGUGUGUCGAGCUGGGUGUCGUUCCUGUACCCACGUCAGUCUGCGAUGAGAACAUCGACAAAGACGCCAUAGCUCGGUUAGCUGCCGGUGGCAACACGGAAGAGUCCUCAGAAGAGGAGGAGGAGAGCGACGGGGAAGAUAGCGAGGAGUCCGGAAGCGAAGAACAGGAAGCAGCCCAGAGCUUAUUGAGCCUCUCGCAACGCAACACAAACAGAUUCCCAGGUCUUCUGCCAUCUGGAAGACCCACGACUUAUCCGUACACUUUGACUUUCCCAACGACCUCCACAUCAGCAACCGUGUCGGUCGCUGUGAGCAACUCUCCUUUGAGCGGUCAAGGUGUUAGCACUCAAGCAACCACCCUCGUUCGGAACGAGCUGCCUUAUCGCUACUACUUUCCAUCGAACCGUACCGCCCCCGAAGAAUCCAGAACAACCGUGAUCCAGUCAUCGAAGAAGGAUAGCUCCGACGUGGAAGUGGAUGAAGUGGACGCAGACUCGCGAAACAGUUUGCCUCAGCCCAUGGAUCUCACAACGAAGCCAGCCAUGCAAUCCUUGUCAUCUCCCAUCUUGCAGAGGGCCAAACCUGCGGAUAUUCUGACCCCCGUCUCGGAGCCAGUCCUUCUGCAAACGAUCGUCCAAACGAUGGAGAGACUACCGAUCCAAGGCAGAGAAUGGAAACCAGACGCCGAGGGUCAUAUGCUGCAGGCCUAUCUCACGGAAAGACACAUGAUGGACAGCAAAAUGAAACAACAGUAUCGCGUAGGGAACACGAAGAUAGAGAAGCAUCCUAAAGAAAGGGACUUUUAUCUGAGGCAGCUCUCUCCAAAAUCCAGGACCAUGGAAUCGAACAAUGCACCCACGGUAACGUACACCGAUCCCAGCAAGAUGCAGCAAACAGUGUUGGAUUCCAGGAUCAAGCACGUGUCGAAACACACCACGGAUGAGAUCAAGAUGGAGAUCAGAGAGAAGAUCUAUCAGAACAACGUUGCGGUGGAACGACGAUCCUUCGACAUGGAGUCCAUUCACAGGGAUAAGGAGCAAGGAAGUCGAACGAUUCCUGAGAGAGAGAAUUUUGAGCAUGGUUUGAUCAAUUCCGUUCCAAAAACGAGCGUGGAAUACGGUAUACCUAAAAGUAACAAUUGCGUGGAGAGGUCCAGUUACUCCGGGGAGUCCCCUAACAGGAGCACACCGCAGAGUGUGGAUUGUCACUCACCCAAGUCUUUCAACUCCGAGGCCAACAAUCGACUCUUGGCAAUACCGCACUUGAACAAUGACAUGGAAAGGAAUUCGGUGUUCGGUUCGAUGAAAGCGAUGAACGAAUUGGAAAGAGCUCGGGAAUGCCACACGGCCAAUCAAGAGAUCAGACCAAUGAGUCACGAAAUUAGGGUCUCGACGACGGACCAUCGAAUGCAGAGUCAGAGUCCACGGAAUUUGGACAUGAGGCCACCCAGCCGCGAAAUGCGAACGCCGAACCAGGACUACAGAGGUCAGAUGCAAGAACUGCGACCACCCGCGCAGGACUACAAAUUGUGCAGGCAAGAAUUGAGACCUCCUAGUCGCGAAUUCAAGCCUCUGGGUCACGACAUACGCCCAAGUCAAGAUAUGACGGCUUUGAACAGCAUAGAGAUCAGACAGAGCAACGUGGACAACCGACCACCGAGCAGAGACAUGAUUCUGUUGUCGGAGUACAGACACCCUCAGCCUCAAGAACCUAGGGUUAAUUUUGACAUGAUCCCAUUGGCCAUACACGACGCCACCAAGAUGCAAGAUGUUCCAAGACCACCGCCAACCGUGGACAUGAGAAACGUGGAACGCGUUGAAAUGAAACAUACAGAGAUGACGAAGCAGAGCAUAGCGGAAAGUAUCAAGCACACGGUUGCACGGAAGAUGGUCGUCGGAGGACCUGGGUUCAGAUCACCUUCGCCUACUGGAGGAAGUACCAAGCCGCAAGCUGAGUUCUUACAGCCUUCCAGUGGACCUGCGCCCAAUUAUGUCAGUGUAACCGAAGAUGGGAGAAGUGUCUGUGGAAUUUGUAACAAGGUGUUCAGCAAACCUAGUCAGUUGCGGUUGCAUAUCAACAUUCAUUACUUUGAGAGACCAUUUAGAUGCGAAAGCUGCGCAGUUUCUUUUCGAACCAAGGGUCAUUUGACAAAACAUGAAAGAUCUGUUUCUCAUCACAAUAAGGUCAGUAUGACUUCCACGUUCGGAGCUGCGACUACCAGCAAUCCUAGACCGUUUAAGUGCACUGACUGUAAAAUAGCAUUCAGAAUACACGGUCAUUUGGCGAAACAUCUUCGCAGCAAGAUGCAUAUUAUGAAAUUAGAAUGUUUAGGUAAAUUGCCAUUCGGAACGUAUGCUGAGAUGGAAAGGUCUGGCGUCAAUUUGAACGACAUUGAUACUACCGACUGUGAUAAUAGUCUUACUAGUCUCCAGAUGCUGGCUCAAAGACUUUGCGAGAAAGAUCCUAGUAAAAUAGGGCAAUGGGAUUCUGAGCCUAUUCCAAGCCAAGUUAUCAGUGGAGGCGAGACGUCCUCGGACGAGGGUGAGCCUAUACCACAGCAUGCGAUCCAUCCGUGCCCUAUAAAAGUAACAACAGACACGGAUAUGUCUCGAUCAUAUCAUGUGCCAAUCACCAACGAAGAUCCAAAGUCUGAUGUUCAACUUGGGAAUCCUCAGUUUAAGCAGCAGGGGCGCGAGUACAGCGCGAAAGAGAGGCCAAAUCAGCCUACAUUUCCCGUGGAGGAUGUAAGGCCGGAUGAAAACAUGCAAUCAUACAAGUGCCAAAUUUGCACGGUGUCUAUGCGUACUAUGAACGAAUUGCAAGUACAUUGUUUCGUUGAACAUAAUAUCGAAUCGGAGUCUAGUACAAAUAUACAUUUGGGGGAUAGGGGCGUGGACAAGUGUAGAGGGAAAGAGAAUACUCAGAAAAAGGUAACAAACGAGUCUGUAGUCAAGGAAGAUCACAAUAAACAGAAAGUUGAAGACACAUAGUGCCAAAAUAAUACAGUGAACCAAGAAAUCAACGGUGAAGUUAUUUGACUGAAUUCGUUGCCGUGCCGAUAAAAUAGUUAUAGUACGUAUAGAUGUCCCGUAUAAAGUGUUACAAUCUGUUUUCUCAGAAAGUAAUGAAAAUAUCGACUUUAUUUAUGUUGUAAAGUAAAAUGUUGUUGUAAAGUAAAAUAGCACAGAGAAGUUAUGUUUCAGGAAACAUAACUGUUAAAUGGAAAAAAGAUAUUUAGAUAACUCUUAUCUUCUAAAACUGGUUUUUUUUUUUACAUUGUUUUUCGUCUGGUGGUUUAUAUUAAUUCAAAUAAACCGCUCUCGUGCGCAUGCAGAGGACGCUGCUAUCUUUGGCGUCUCUCCAACACUUGUGUAAUGUACUCCUUAUUCGUAAUAGAUUGUAGGAAAAAUAAAGUCGAUAUGUUCAUUAGUUUCUAAGAAAAUAACAACACUUUUCACGGGACACUCUGAAUACCAUCACAUUUCGAAGGAAAGCUCUAGAACCAAGAAUAUUUUCAUCAGUUAUGAAAAGUUUGUUACCGCGAUUGUGAAUUGCAAAAAUCUUCCAUGUAUUGAAAAGGUAAUUAUAAGAAACUCUAUUAAAGGAAGUUCUGUGUUACAGUGGUAUACAUAUAGUAAAUAUUAGUAACGAGAAGAAGACUUGUUACUUUUAAUAUAAAAAUCUGUUAUAUUUAAUACUUGGUUUUCGAACCAAUAUGAUGAUCCAUGUCGAUACAUGUGUGCAUACAGGUAAAUUUAGUACACAAUGAAAAUCAAUGAUUUCAUGUUUUAAAAAUAUAAGAAUCGAUAAAAUAACAUCUGGUUAACUUAGUUUUUUUAAAUCAGAAUUUCUUCCUAUAUGAAACUUGAAGAUUAAGUCAUCAAAGCAGUGAUAGUUGAUAUUUUGAACAUAUUUUUUUAACAAUAGCUAUGACCUUAUUACAGAAAGAGAGUCAAAACUCUAUUUUUUGUAACAAUAUGUAUAAGUAUUUUUCAAUUUCAUUUAAUAACAUUUAAUAAAACGCAAGUUGUUCUUAUGUCUUAAUUAGUUAUGAAGUCAUGAAAUUUUAUAACAAAAGGCUCUAUCUUCCUUAUUAAAGUUUCUUUGAUUCUAUUUUUAGUGUUGUUUAGCAUUCAAAAUAAAUGAGGAAACAUCAUGAAUAAUUUUAGUCUUUCCAAUAGACCUAAGAUUUUCUGAAAAUUUUCUUUCUUAUUAUUCCUGUAGAAAAAUUCAAUAGUCAGACUAUAAAGUGGGACUUUUAAAUUCAGUGUAGUAUGUACUACAAUAUUUUAAUAAUGAAAAUUGAUAUCAAUUUGUAAUAGUAAAACCUACAGGAUAAUAGAGGAGAUAAUAUUUAAAAUGAGUAAAUACUGGAAUAUGCAGCACAUUUUAAAUCAAAUUAAAUCCUUAAAAAUUUGUUCAAUCUUACUUUCUUUGUUUUAUUAUUAUUACUUCAUUCUUUAUUUUCUAUUUAAAAGAUUUACAAAAUAAACAACGAUAAAAUUUAGUCUUUCAAAAUUACGAAAUGAAAUGUAGAAAUGUUUUUAUUUAAUGCUUCUUUAGUUUUGUGAAAAUAAUGAUUUUUGAUUUGUUUAUAAAUGAUCAUAAAUGUUCUAUUUCACCACCUAGAAAUUUUUAUUUAUCAAUUAAACAAUCAACUUUUUUAUUUUAUGUUACAUUUGGAUUCUAUUUUGUAUAAAAAUAUUUAUUUAAUAAAUAGUUUGAACAAUAAUUAUACUAAUGACUUCAAACGAGCAAAAUUCAAUUACAUAUCUAUUUUACUACAUACUACUACCUGAACUAUUCUACAUUGCGUGGAAUAAAAAAUAUUAUUUGAAUGCAAACAUUAGUUUAACACUUCCGGAUAUAUAGUUUUUGUUUAAUCGUCCUGAGGCAUAAGCAAACAGCUUUACCCUCUGGAAUAUUAAAAACAGGAAGUGUUGGGUUAAUAUUUUGUUUACUAUCAAUUCUAUUAAGGAUUUGCAUACACCAAAAAAAGUUUCAAAUUUAAUCUGGAACAACAUUCAUCAUAUGUAUUUUUACUCUAAAAGGAACAAUAAGUAAGAUAUUGUAUAAUUCAUAGUUGGUACCUCAAACAACUUUCCCUCUUAACAAGAAGUUAGCGAUGCCAUAUGUUUGUAAUUUCAUCACAAUUAGACAGAAUUGCAUUUUAUUUAUAUGAAAGAUAAUACUGAGUUUACAUAGUUGUAUAGCUGUUAGAUAACAUCACUUUGUUAGGGGCUGAAAGCUACAUUAUCUGUUCUGCAAAGCAGGUAAUCAUAAUUUACAUAAAUAUAGUAAAAGAAGUAAUACAUUAUUUGAAAGAGUUUUGAACUUCCGAUUGUUGUUGUACUUGAAGGCCAAAAGACAAUGUUGAAAGUUUUAAUUUAAAACUUGUUAAGCUUUUCUUCGAAAAAUGGUGGAAUGUAACUUAUAAGAACAUAGUUCUCAUAUGUAGUAAAAAAUAUGAUAUUUAUAUACAAUAGUCUUGUAUCAGCAUGAGGUGCAAUGAACUGGCAUGUGAUUCUGUAUUUAAAGUGCAACUGUUGCGUUCAACAUUGAAGAGUAUUCUAACAUUAAAAAUUAAUAUUAUAUCUUAAUUAUCGGUACAUGAAGUAUACACGGAACACGCACACAUGUACACAUACACACAAACAUUGAGCGAGAGAGAGGGUGAGUUAGCCGUGACUAAAGUUGUAAAUAUCUGUUGUUUUUGGUAAUAUGAAAAAAUUCAAAGAGGAAAAUUAAUUUACAAAAUCGCAUGAUAUGACAAUAUUCAAGAGAAUCUAAAUACACCUUGAAUUAUUGGCAAAUUGCAACGGUAAGAGAAAAGUAAUUUUUACAACUAUUGUAUGCUCCUUCGAGUCAAAAAUUUUCUUCUUUGAACUAUGUAUCAUGAAAAACAAUGAAAAGAUUUACAAUUCCAGUAUAGUAGGUAACUCAUCCUGUAUAUAUUUGUAUGAUAUUAGUAUGAGCAAUUACGAGAAUUAUUGUUGAUAUAAGAGAAGAUGUGUUUGUAUAUAUUUAUGUGUAAUAUAAUGAAAUCAUGUUAGUCUUUAUUAUAAUUUUAAGUGAUCCAUAACGAGGAACAGAAUCGGUUAUUCGGUCAUUAUUGUACAUUUUGUUAAUUCCAAUGUAUCAUCUUUGUAUCCUCCAUUCUCCCGUUCGUCUUUCUGGAAUACGUAUGUAUUUCAAAUCUUUGGAAACAGAGUUAGGCAAGACUUCUUGGUUUUCUUAAAAAAUGAAACAAUUACAAAUUAAUUAAAAUAACCUUUUAUUCAUUAUUUGCAUCAUCGAACAGAACCAAACGUUUGUAAUUACAAAUAUAAUUCCUAGAUUAUGUAGACAAAUUUAGUUUUCCAGUGCAAAAACAAUAUUUUAUAACCUUAUAUACUAAUGCCAAUAAGUAGAAGAUAGAAGCAGAAUGAAAUGAAUCACUGGGAUUUGUUUGUUAUAUACAUAUUAAAGGAAAUCAGAAACUUAAAUAUGAAUAUAUACAUAAAAUGAUAAGAUACAUGAAUAACAAAUGAAAUCAUAAUAAUGAUUAAACGAUGAUUUAAAUAAUGUUCCGUUAACUAUAAAUACGAUCGUUCCCUAGCUCUGUUUAAUGGAUGGUAUAAAACAUUAUACUUUCCAGUAAAUUAAAUUGAACUCGAUCGUUAGGUCUAUGAUCGUUAUCAACGAGCUGGAUAACCGAUUUUCUGAUCUUUCUUACAACGUUUAAGAAGCUACAUACCUUCCACGAGAGACAGCUAUUCUAUCUUAUAAUUAUCUAUCUAAUAUACAGCACCCAGUUUUUAACAUCUCAUCGAAGCACGACUUGUCUUUCCUACUGCAUAAUCAGAUUUAGAUUAUCAUAAUUUGUACCUAGAUGUGCUUGAGACAAAGUAGUAGACGAAUAGACAGACCGCACAAUCGUAUACAUUGAGGUCCAGUUAAAGUGAUUGUCGCCAAACAAUAUCAAUGUAGUAUAAUUUAAUAUAGCAUUUGGUGUAUGUCCAUUCUAAUGCUAUCAACUCCGAUUACAAAACCAUGUAUGAAUUUCCAAAGCGUGCACGUGUGUAUGUUUACAAUGGCCAAGCCAACGAUGUUUGUAUUUUAGAAGAAACGACGAGAUAAAAAAAAAAGUAACUUUUGCAUUGAAAUUAAUAUUUGAUAAGAUAUAUUAGAAGGAAAGAUUCCACGGAUGAAGAAUAUUUUGGAAUGCAGCUGAAGCCAAAUUUCAUAUGAUAUGUAAUAUUUAUCUCUUCACUAUCUUAUAUGUGAUUGCUAAAGUAGUUCUUUCAGAUUAUGAUUCUGGAUAUAUUUUCGAAACUAUUGUUUUGUCUAGAGGUAUUUUGCAUACUUUCAUGAGCAUACAUAACGAACCAUCAUUUACAUAUCAAAUCUAUUGAUUUAGACUAAGGGACAAUGAAUACGAUCAUUUUUCAUCAUUUGUAUCCUACAGUAGAGAACAAACAAUUCGAUAUAAAAUAAAUUUAUAUUACAUUAUUGGAAAGCCAACUUAAUUUAAUCUAAGACGUUACAAGUAUGUCAAACGUCAUAUUUGAGAAUAUUUUUAGAUAGUUCACACAAACAUUUGUGUAAACAUAUUUUCAGUUAAAACACAAAUAGAAAGUUUUUAUGAACAACUGAAUAUAUGAAAUUUAAGUUUAUUCGUAUAUUUCAUUAGAUAACUAAUAAUUGAAAAAUAGUUCCAAAUGUUAUUUUAAAAUUAAAUAGUGUGUAAAGUUUAGUAGACAAAAACUAUGAACAAAUUUUGAAGUACUUGAUACAUGCAACACUAAAAACUAUGCAAAGCAUUUAUCAUCUAGAAUAAAUCAUGUUCGCAAAGAAAUCCUUUGUCACAUUUUCCGAUAUUUUAAGAUAUUUAUCUAAAAUAUCUAUAAGUAUACUAUUUCACAAAAUCUGCUAUUUUGAAAGAAUUUCUCUACAAGACGAAUGCACAAUUGUCUUCCAUUAGUAUUCUAAGUAGUAAUCGAUAGAUUUUCAUAAAUAAAGAUAUUCAGAAAUUUCUUAAAAAUGUUUUACAUGCUUAAUUAUAUAUUGUUAUUCAAAAGCUCUAAAAUAUUUCAGUCGUUUUAAGCGUGAAGAAACUCCAUUUUAUUCCGUCUUCCAUUUUCGUAAUUUUUACAUUACUUCAUUUAUUUUAGCGAAUGAAUUUGGAAACUGGCACUAUUUUUUGUAAAACGUAAAUGAUCUUAAAAUUUCAAAAACAAUAUAUAAGAAACAAAAUUAAUGUUGUACAAUGUUCUCUUCAAAUUUCGAUCAUAUCUUUUUAGUAUGGAAAGAAAAAAAUGAAUUAUUGUAGGUGAUAAAUUGUUUUGUCUUGCAUAAUAUCAUAUUAAAAUCUUCUGUAAGAAGUUGGCUUGGCUCCUUCCAAACUCAGUAUUAGAAAUCUUAAAAACAAGCACGAUUAAAAUCCCAAUGCGUGAAUUAUUUUUAAUCGAACUGUGUUUUGCAAAAAAGUACUUCCAAGAUAUCAGCUUUUGUCAUUUCAUCAAGUUGGAUUUCUGAAACGGCCCCUACCUUUUUACUGUUUUAUAAUGAAUGCUGACAGUAACGCAAACAGUUGGCAGGUUAGUAUUUUACAUGUAUUAUAGGUGAUGUAAAUCAUUCAAAUUUUAUAAAUAUUUUUCCGAGUGCAUAAUGUCAAUUGCAUUCGUGCAACAAUUCUAUUGUAUGCUUUUAUAAUCAGUUGCUAGAUUAACGAAGCAUUUCGGGCUUGAGAAGUUAAUUCAUGAUAAAGAAAAAGAAAGGGUACUUUAAUGGAAACAAAUCGAGCGUUUGCUCGUAAAUAUCAAAUAAUGGGACCGGAGUAAGAUUUUAUAAAAAUGUACACAGAAACAUAUAAGAACAUUGGCUUUUAUGAAAUGUAAGAAUGCCAACAUUUUGCUAGUAUCGCUGUCACUUUUCUUCCUGAUUCUGUGACUCUGUUGAACUACUGAUGAAAAUGUAAUUUAUUUAUUGUAAAUAAAAAACAUAUAUUGCUUAAAAUGUUUUAUAUUAUAUGAUCUGCAUUGAUACAUAAUCAACGGAAUUUUGGUGAACAAUGUGAAGAAAAAAAAUCAAUUUAAAGUUUAUA